ACAACGUCUUCAAAAACUCAUUUUGAUGCUAAGAAAUAUAAAAUGUCACGCACAAACGAUUAUUCAAAUGUUAUACGAACCCUAUAUUUGUUCGAUGAAGAAAUCUACGAUUCACUGGGCAAAAAGUUUUAG